GGGCCAGCAGCGGCGCGCCGGGCGAACGCAGGGGGUUCGAGUGCAGGCUGGGUGAGCGCCUCUUUCCCUGUCCAUGUCGGUGCCGAGUGACGGCCCGCCGUCUUGCCCCGGUGACGCUAGACCACCUUGUGGAGGCGGAGCUGAGGGCGCCGCCGCCACCUCCUCCUCCUCCCCCGCCCCUUCUCCUCUUCUCCCCUCCCCGCUCCCUCCUCCCUCCCCGCACAUAAGCGGCAGGCUGCGCCCAGACGGCCGGCACAGCCCGGCCGCCAUGGAGACUGCCGUGCAUGUCCCGAGCGGCGCCCCUGCCGUGCCCAAGCUCGCCGUCUACGUGGACGAGAACGACGUGGUGCCCGGGGCCCUGCGGCUGGUGGGUCGGCUGAGACCCCACUGGGACAUCGGACGGGUGAAGACCAAGUUAUUUACAGAUGGAAUCACAAACAAGCUAGUUGGCUGCUAUGUGGGGAACAGUAUGGAAGAUGUUGUCCUGGUGAGAGUUUACGGGAACAAGACUGAGCUGUUUGUGGAUCGAGACAACGAACUGAAGAGUUUUCAGGUCCUACACGCCAAUGGUUGUGCUCCAAAGCUCUACUGCACUUUCCAGAACGGCCUCUGUUAUGAGUUCAUGCAUGGAAUAGCACUAGGUCCACAGCACGUGCGAGAACCAGCCCUGUUCAGGCUCAUAGCGACUGAACUGGCAAGGAUUCAUUCUAUUCAUGCCCACAAUGGCUGCAUUCCUAAACCCAAUCUCUGGGUGAAAAUGCACAAGUACAUGGCUCUUGUCUCCACUGAGUUCACACCAGAAGCCAAAAACACCAGGAUUCAGAAAGAAGUGCCACCUUUGCAGACAUUGGAGAGAGAAAUGACGUGGAUGAAACAGUACCUGUCGGAGCUGAACUCUCCCACAGUACUUUGCCACAAUGAUCUUCUUUGCAAGAACAUCAUCUACAACGAAAAGGAAGGUUGGGUGAAGUUUAUUGACUACGAGUACUCCAGCUAUAAUUACCAGGCUUUCGAUAUUGGAAAUCACUUCAAUGAAUUUGCAGGGGUGAAUGAGGUAGACUACUCUUUGUACCCAGAUGAGUCCUUGCAGAUGCAGUGGCUGAGAACCUACUUGGAAGCGUGUAAACAAUUUACCAAGAAGGGAGGCGAGGUAACUGACAAUGAAGUGCAUACCCUUUAUGUACAAGUCAACAAAUUCUCCUUGUGCUUUUGCUUUCAGGCAUCUCAUUUCUUCUGGGGGUUCUGGGCAUUGAUUCAAGCAAAGUAUUCCACAAUAGACUUCGAUUUCUUAGGGUACAGUGUCCUGAGGUUUAACCAGUACUUCAAGAUGAAGCCUUGUGUCACUGCUCUUCAGACUCCGGUGUGAAAUGGUGUUCCAUUGCCAUGGUGCACAAUCACCCCUUGGUGGUCCUAUCAUUAUACAACCUCACUUCCUCUUCAAUUUAUUGAGCCUAAUCCCUGCAGUUUGAGAUUGCAAGCUAGACCCCACCCCCAGGUUCUUGACCUGUGCUCAUUAUGGGCAUGGCCCUGGAGAAUCAGCCAGGUGGUCUGUGCCCAGAGUCUUGGCUUCUCUUAGUUUGAGCCUGGGGUCUAAGACGAACGCAGUCCUUCUGAGCCCUAGUCCCCUUUUUUUUUUCUCCAUUGCUUCCCUGUCAUGGCCCCCAUAAAAUUCCAGAGUUUAAUCACAUUCCAGAUCUUGUUUGCUCUCAAUGGGGACCAAAUUGAGUAAUCUGAAAAUGUGGCAGUGGGUGGGAGGGGGGUUAUGGUGCACAGUGUGGAGGGGUGGUGGUGUUUUUGAUCAUUGACUAUUUCGAGGAACAUUGGUUAUUGAGCCUUUGCCACCCUCAUCACAGGGAGGUUUAGACUGACAGCAACAUCAGCAGCUCAAAGGCUGGCAGGAAUCUCUGAAGCUGCUUCAGAAAUAACAACAUCCCACCCCUGCCACCAAGCAUGAGGGGUCAAUAAAUCUGUUGUAGUUUUAUUAAUAAGGUGUGUGAGAACAAGCGGGCGUGAGAUUUGAAACUCGGGCAGUGCGUGCACUGUCCCAUCCAGCUCCCUGACACUGGGUGGGGUUGACUGAAAGUGAAGAGGGUCGGUGGCGCAUGUGACCCAUAGAUGCAGAGCAUGCACACAGAGAUGGCUAGCUGCUGGAGGGCGGGUGGGGGGGAGGCAGACGUUUGGCUAAAACUGUGUAUAUACUUGAACUGCUACGUAAUGAUAAUGUGUCCUGAGAUGACAACUCUUCAGAUGGUUUUGGUUUCUAGCAGAGAUGGAGACUGGAGGGGCAAAAGGCUGAAAGGUUAUUGAGCUGAAACUUCCUUUCCCUCACUCAACUACACUGCACACAAGAGGUGAUACAUAGUGGUCAAUUAACUUACCACCCACAAGUAGUCACAGAAAGGGUAUGUAAAUCCCUCUGAGGUCAGGAAUGACCCUGGGAGGAAACCCAUGUAGUCAUAGUAAGCUCAGUGCAGUUGCCACCGGAGGUCAGGAGCAAACCUGAGUGCCUAGUGUUUAGCCAGCUCCUCUCUGACACACUAAAGCAGUUGCUGCCUAACCAGCUGAGUCCAUUCAGGAUCUUCUCUUAUUUCAGUGGUGACAGGUUGAGAGGUGUCCUUUGCAGUACACACUGCUUCUGCUCUAAAGCUUGUACCGUCUGACAGCUCACUCUCUCAUCAACAAAACACCAGUGGGAAAUGUGUGUUGUAAUGCAUACAAAACGCUGGAGGAACUCAGCAGGUCAGGCAGUAUCUAGGGAGAGGAGUAACCAGUCAGUGUUAUGAGCAGACACUCUUCGGUCCUGAUUGAUUCCUCUCCAUAGAUGCUGCUUCAUCUUUUGAGUUCCUUUAGCAUCUUGUGUGUGUGUGUGUGUGUGUGUGUGUGUGUGUGUUACUUGGGAUCUGCAGAAUCUUCCAGUUACGAUGUUAGUUACCUCACAAUGUGCAUUUCAGAAUCAGAUUUAUUAUUGCUGUCUUACAUGCCAUUUAAAAAAAAAUUGUUUUGCAGUGCAAAAACAUAGAUAUUUCUGAUCAAUCUGCGACUUCCCUUCAGUGUUACAGAGCGUUUGUAUUUUAGCCAGCUGUAGGCCUUAGCUGAACUAUCCUGCUACUCUGAGUAGAUGGGAAGCUUGUAUUACUGUUAUUUGGACGAAUGACCCCCCACUGAAGUUAUUGAAUAGUUGUGGUGGGGGAGGGGAGUAUUUUCUCAAUUCUUCAGGAUGAUUGUAACCUUGGCUUGGCUACAAUAGAGGUGUGGCAUUUGAGUGGUACAUUAGAAGUUUUCCCAAGCCAUCAUCCAUUUUGAGCUGGUGUGAUGUGAUGCUGUCAGACAAAGUCUACAUGCUGCACUUGCAUGCAUUUGUGUUGCCCAGUGUGACCACCUGCUUAACACCAGAAUUCCAGUGACUUUACCAUUUCAUACUGUCAUGAAUGUCUACAGACCCAUCUGUCAACUCACACUUCACACCGCCUUCAUCAACAAAAUCAGCUUCAUCGAACUAUUUGGAGAGGGUCUUGGGUGACAGUUUUAUACAUUGGAUAGCCCAUGUAAUAGAAGCAAUUUGUAUUGGCAUUAGUCAGCCCUGCUGUGACAAUAUAGCUUCAUAUCACAAUCCUCUCUGUUCUAUUUGUAAAUGAUAGACAAAUAUGGUCCCUUUUUAAUAUUAAAAAAAAAUUUUGUUUGUGAAGUUAGGCAGGAGUGAGGGAGCACUGAACUGGCCAUUAUCAUUUAAAGGCAGCCUGACUGAACAGAACAAAUUAGGGAAACGAACCCACUCUGUCUGGCCCUUGUUUUCCUUGAUUAGCUCCUGCCCCUUUCCAAGCACAACAGAAUGACAAAGGAGAUCGUAAAGAGAAGCAGGAACAUAAAUGGGUCUGUCUACACUUGAGGUAAUUGUGGUUAAUAUCACCUUCCUACCUCUUGCCGUCACCUCCCACCCCAGCCCUGAACUACUGUUUCUGAUACCCAUCAGCCACCUCCAUUACUUUCAGCUCAUCUCUCAAUACGUGUCCAGUUCCUAACCCAGAAGCUGAGUGUAAAGAUGUCUUUCAAACUGAUUACUGGAAUGCAGGUCUGCUGUACAUUUUGUAAUUACAAUGCUGCAAUUUUUGUUGUUGUAAUGCCUGUUUAUAAACUAGUGAACAAUAUUUAUCAGUGUGUAUACUUUGUCCAGUUUUAGACUGAGCGGAAGUUUUGUUUUUCUUUUAGUGUCUGAUUAAUGAAGGGUGAACUUAACCUGUGAAGCACUGAAUCCAAGAUUCUCUUCUAAAAAAAAAUAGAGAUUUAAUUUAAUAUGUGAUUCCAGCUACUGGUUGGUGGACUGGUGGUUCCUUUAUUCAGGAGGGUCGCCUUUUCUUGUAUCAAGCAGAUUCCAGAGUGGGGAAGAUGUGGGUCAGUAACAGAGAGAACAAGAAAUCUGUAUUCUGUUUUGCCUAGCUGUUCAUAAACUUAUGAUGGUGAAGGAUCUGAUGACUAAAAGAGAGCACCGAAACUUUCAGAUCUCAAACCUGAGGAACUUUAGCCACAGUGGACUGGCUUGUGAAUUCUAAUCAUGCUGUGAUCAGUUUUACUAAACUAUGCGCACAAGUAAUAUGUUGAUCGGAUUUUGUUAGACUAAAUCCUUGCUAUUGGAUGAUCAUAACUAUUUAUGUGGCCACAUGAUGCUGGGGGGGUGUGGGGGGGAGCUGUCUGCUGCCUCGAGUGCGAGAUGACCCUGGAUAAAAGUGGCGGCAGAAAAGAUCUAAGACCUGAUGAAUUUGUCUACCUCCUGUGGAAUUCAAACGUUUUGAGGUUACUGCUAAUAACCGUGUAAAUAAAAUAAUCAGUGAAAGAU